AAUGGCUCACUGGAAGCGCGCCUUUUUAAUGCAUUUCGUUCGGCUUGCUCUUUGGCAAGAUAAUUUGAAAUAGGUCUUGUUUGUUUUUUUGCCUGAAACCAACCUAAACAUGGUCCGUAGCCCUGCGAAGUCGAAAGAGAGCAAAUGGUCCUACUUAAGGACAAGACCACGGCUGUACAACAAGCCUACUCACCGUUCUUUCAAAGUUAUUUGGGAAGACAGUUCGCCGGAUGUGCUUGGAAAGCCUCAAAGUUCACCAUGCGAUGCAGUUCCUCCGUCAUACUCCACAUCAUCUGGCAGCAAGGAGGCUGCUCAACACACACCGAAAGUGAUGAGAAGUGGAUAUGAGAGCGAGCUAGAUGAAGACCCAAUCCCACCAUCCGUACGAAAACUGCUCCUUGUGCCAUCAUCUGGGAAGGCUUUAUCUGCUGAGCCGUUGCCUAACUUGCCACCUAGCAAGCCCUCUGAACUCUUGAAGGAUCUGUGCUUUGACAGUGAACACUCACUUAUAAGCGAAUGUUCAAGAGAGGCUUUGCUAGUAAAGAGGCCAUUGCUAAAUAUAACUUCAGAGCCUCAAGCACAAGGGAGUAAACAUUUGCCAAUGAAGGAAAUGUCAAGAUCUUUUGGAAAGGAGCAAUCAAGAAAACUAGACUUUGAAGCAGGCACAAAUGGUGCAGCUGUACCAACUUCUCAGAGGCAAUAUCGAACAGUUUCUAUGAAUGGGAGUGUGAAUGCUCAUGGUACAGAAAAAAGAUCUGCUUCGAAAGAAUCGAAGAAUAGACAUUCCAGGAUACAUCACGUGGAAGUUCCAAAAAGUAGCCCACCUGGGAAUGAACAAGUUGCAUUAGCUGAAAAGAGGAUGCCAGAUGUUACGUACAUGCCACACAGUUGCACCACACCUGUUGCUCAGAAUAUCCAGAGCAAAGAAGGAACACAGUAUACCUCUGAAUCGGAAAGUACAAAACGCAGCUCAUUUAGAAAUCGGCAAGGUGUGCCAGCCAAAAAGUGCAUGUCAGAUGCUUCACCAUUUGUGCCACGAGCUCACAGUACACCUCUACCUUCAAUGAAACAUAUUAUUUCUAUUGGAUCUUCUAGUAAUCCAAUGGAGCUUAGGUCUUGGUUAGCAAGAUGGAGAACUGCACCACAACUGGAAACGUCACCGGUUUCUUCGGCCACCAAAAAUGCACCGAUGAGUUGCAUUUCCCAAAGCACCGCAGCUGAAAGUAAGCAGCACAGUACAGCUUCUUUGCAUUCAUCCACAAAAAUGACGCAAGUUAAAACAUGUCAAGAUAUCAACACUGCCGGAACUGACAAAAACGGUGAAUCCUCUCCUGGAAAGGCCUACGAGGUUGCUUUGGUAGAGCAGCAUGAUGUUUCUUUUCCAGCGCAUCGAAAGGCUGAUGGUGCAAAGCAGUCAUCUUUGUCAAAGCAUAAUCAAAGCCAAGCCCCUGCUGAAGAUAAGCAAGCCAGUAAAAGAAGCCCUAAACAGCUACAUGUGUCGUUUGAUGAUCAAAGAAAAUAUCUGGAGCACACAUUCAUCAACAGUGAAGUACAGAGUGAAGAGGGGUCUCCAGUCAUACCUAAGCUUCAGGAACGUGGACUAACGAGAAAAGGCAAAAGGGAUGCACAGUGGGGAACAGAGUCACCAGUCAUACCCAAGCUCCAGGAAGGUGCUCAAGCAAAGAAGCCCAAAAUGGACACACGUGAUCUGCAACUGUCUCCAGCCGUACCCACGGUUCAAAGACGUGCUCAUAGGAAAAAGCACAAAAGACGCAAGGCUUGGGUUCAAGUUCAGCUCUAUGACCAGCCUAGUGGACUGCGUACAAAAGCUGAUGUGACCAUGUAUGACAUCUACCUUUCACUUGCACUUGAAAUAAUUGAAGAGAACAGACAGCAGUGUCAGUCGGAGAAAGAAAAAAGGGUUAUGGCGCGGUUUUACGAAGAAGUUGCCAAGGAUGCCACCAAAAUUAUCGAUGAACUCCAAGUAUAUACCAAUGAGCUCUCUGAACUGAAACAGGAAAUGUCGAAGAUGACAGAUUUGACAAAAAAACUGGAUAGGAUUAGUCAUGGACUGGGAAAGUACGUUCAGGAAAACAACAUCAAAAAUGUGGACCCCUAUCAGUUUUAUUUUGAAGACGAGGAAGAUGAUGAUGUGUAAUCUUCAUAGAAGUGCUGAUGAAUUAGGUUUAUUUUUAUUUGAAACAGAAAGUGACUGCAUGGAACUAUUUUAGUAUUUUAAACAUUUUAAUAUGUGGAGUUUCUGCAGAAUUAUUUUUACUAAUUUUGUGCGAAACGAAGCAGCAUUGUGCAAAGUUCUUUUACACAGUAAACUUUGAUGUACAUAAUGUGCUUGCCCACGCCUUUCUUGCUACCAUAGGUCAGAAAAAAAUGCGGAGCUCACUCAGACUCACUCAUGAAAUAUAUUUUCCCUUAGGGCUCACUCGGACUAAGACUCGCCAAAAUUUUCCUCAAGUGGACUCAGUUGGAUUCAGGCUCACUAAAAUUUUUUUCAACCGAACUCACUUAAACUCAAACUCGCCAACAUACACUCAAACCUCAUUAUAACAAAUUCGCAUAUGCCACGAAAAUAACUUCGUUAUAUCUGAAAAUUCGUUAUAAACGUUUAUUUGUAACACUGUAGCUAUGACAAGACAGUACUUCACUUACUUGUUAUAACCGAUAAUUCGUUAUAUCCGUGUUCGUUAUAACGAGGUUUGAGUGUAUUCACAGCCGGACUCACUCAGACUCACAGCUCGAUCUGAGUCUGAGUGAGUUGGCUCAUGAGUCCAUAAGCGUAUAGUUAGCUAUUUCGACCAUGGUGUCAAUGCUCUUUAACAGCAACAUCUUGCAUAAUCGGUGCUCUACUUGGCACCUUUUGAUAUCGUACAUUUAAUAUGAUUUAUCAGUAGCUGCAAUGCAGUAAGAACAUUUUUAUUAAAAGUGAUGACUCGCAAGAUAUUUUUAUCAAGAACUUCCCGUGAAAGAGAUUAGGGGGAAGGUCAAGGCACCUCGUCCGCCCAUAACUCGUGCCUCUAAUCAAUAAAUAUUGAGCUGGGGUAUGAACGCUAGUGCGUUGAAGUAUGUGUGGGUAGAUGCGAGUAUAAGCGCGAGGCUGACAUAAGGCUGAUAGUAACGCUAAUGCUGAGUAGUUAGCAUCAUAGGUCAGCACAAAAAUAGGGAGCUCACUCAAAAAAUAUAUAUUGCACUCAGGGCUCACUCGGACUCAGACUCACCAAAGGUUUCUUCAACUGGACUCACUCGGACUCAGCCUCACUAAAAUUUAUCUCAGCCGGACUCACUCACUCAUGGCUCAAUCUGGGUCUGAGUGAGUUUACCGACCUAUGCUUGCUACUGUGUUAAAGCAGUUAAAUACUGGUAUCCGACCCAAUUACAAUUCAGUGCAACAGCAGUGCUUCAAACAAUCCUGUGACUGCAGAAAGCGCAAAUUUGAAAUCUUGCUUACAUCAUGCGCAAGCCUCUUGUGCCACAAUUGACGCACUUGUGUAAUUCCACACCUGUACAGGUGUUUUCACAAUAUUAUUUUAACCCCCAAUGGCCAAGGAGAAUGGUAAACAAUAUUUGGUACUAGUUGCCAUGAGAACCUGAUGAACACCAAGUACCAACAUUUACCUCCUAAAUUUAACUUUUUCUUUACAUUCAAAAUUAACUAAAUGCUUAAAAAGUGCACAUAUUCGAUGAUUUUUUGCCAUGGUUUGCACUUGAAAAUGAAAAAAAAAAAGAA